AUGUCUGUAGUGUCAAAAUUAGAAAAAUUGUUAGAUCUGAGUAGACUAACACCAACCAAAUUCAUCACUAGGAAUUUACCUGUGGCACCUGUGGGUUCAAAGAGUACGUUUGGUGGUACAUUAGUGGCUCAAUCUCUUUUAGCAUCGAUGAAUACUGUACCGCGUAAUUUUAUUCCAAGUUCUUUACAUUGUUAUUUCAUUAGUGGUGGGCAUCCAGAACAAAUGAUUACAUACGAUGUAGAAAGUUUAAGAGAAGGUAGAAAUUUUAUUCAUAAAGAAGUACGUGCAUAUCAAGAUCAAAAAUUGAUCUUUCAAUCGAUGAUCUUAUUUGCUUCAGGUAGAAAUGAUUCUGAUGAUAAUAAUGGCACAACAUUGACCCAUUUGAAGACAAUUGAUUUACCUGAUAAGAAUCAAUAUACUUAUGCGGCUGAUUUGUUUCAAGAAGCUGUUGCUGAUAAUGAAUCUAAGACACGAAUGUUUAAAGAAUUACCUAUUGUGCAAGGCAGAGGUGGUAUUACACAUAUAAACAAAGUCUAUAAUUCAUUUAAGACACAACCUAUGGAAUAUUAUUUCCCUAAAAAUUUCUUUCAUGCUGAAGAAGAAACUCGUAAUAAUAGUGUCAAUUAUUAUGUAAAGAUUAGAAAGGAAUCUGUUGAGACAUUGACAGCAAAUAAUUCUUACCACGAUGAAAACGACUUAAUUUCACCUCACAAUGAUGAAAGAUACAAUUACGCAGCAUUUGCAUACUUAUCUGAUUCAUAUCUGCUGUUGGCUUUACCAUAUUUUUCGAAUAUGCCUCUAUAUUCACAUAAAUUCAGCGUAUCCUUGGAUCAUAGUAUUCAUUUUCAUCAAUUACCAAAGGUCAAUGAUUUAAUCUAUUUAAACAUCGAGAAUUCGAGAUCAGCAGAUCAUAGACAUCUAAUGCAAGGUGAAUAUUUCGAUUCCAAUACAGGAAAGAUCUUGGCAUCGGUGUCUCAAGAAGGAUUAGUUAUCUACGAGUUCAUCAAACAAUUACAGGCAAAAUUAUAA